AUGGGUGAUAUUUCAAUUUGCUCUCCUGGGUGUUCACCUAAUCCUGCAAGGAUUACUGACCUAUCAAUAAUAGAAGAAGGAAAGGAUCGUAUGAGUACUCCUUCACAAGCGUCAACAGUGGACUUCACUGCUUCUCCGAUCAAUGCCCAUAAGGUAAUUGCAGAGCUAGUGGGGACCUAUGUAAUUAUAUUCAUAGGUUGUGGUUCUGUGAUUCAGGAGGGAAGGCAACAGAUUAACAGCAUGAGUGUAGCCCUAGCUUGGGGUUUGGGAGUAAUGGUGAUGAUAUAUUCAUUUGGUCAUGUCUCGGGAGCUCAUUUCAAUCCUGCUGUUACUAUUGCCUUCGCUGCAUCAUUCAAGUUUCCAUGGAAACAGGUCAGGAACGCUGACAAAUGA